AUGGGACAGCUCUGUCUCGUCCUUCUGCAAAGCUGCAAUUUCCUGGUACUCACGCGUCUCGAUGCCGGCGAUUUCGUGAAGGGGAAUAUUUACCAGCCGUCGGAUGGGCUUGUUCACAAACUUCGUGGCGUCAUUGGGUUAAUGUUCAACUUGCGAGGCAUCGGCACGCCAUGGCAGAUCUCACGUAUUAACGCGGCUCCACAGAGCCUCGACAAGUAUACCGAGAACGGAAAAUUGCGCAAAGGGCCGUGGGUGGCGCGACAGUUGCAGAUUAUCUUCUGGCAGUACCUCUUUCUCGACUUCACGUAUCUCUCGUCCUUGGAUACGUCACCGGAAGACGCGGAGAAGCUCUUUGGCCCCGGUAAAGAGUUCCUGUAUAUCAACGCCAACGCGGAGCAGUGGGGAGCCCGUGUGGCUGUUGGCUUGAUCUCCUGGCUAGCCCCGGCUCGAGUGACAAUGGACAUCGUCUAUCGAGUGCUAUCAGUAGUUUCUGUCAUGAGCGGUACGGCAUCUCCGGAGGACUGGCCGCCUCUCUUUGGAAGCAUCUGGGAUGCAUACACGAUCCGAGCUUUUUGGAGCAACUACAUCUGUCGAGACCUCUUACGCCUUCCUCGACCCUCCCGCCUGGAGCGUUAUUUCAAUAUCGCUCUAGUGUUCAUGGGUUCGGGCCUAGUCCACGUUAUGCUCGACAUGUUCUGCUGGGAGCCGUCUCUUAAAGCGCCAACAUUGGCCUUCUUUGGCUCCUUUGCUGUGGCUAUCAUGGUUGAAGACGGGGUUCAGGAAGUGUGGCGCCGCAUUGUGGAUGUAGAGGAUUCUAAGAACGUCCCACUGUGGCACAAGAUUAUAGGCUACAUUUGGGUUUCAACGUGGCUCACGGUCACCUCGCCAUGGUAUCUGUAUCAUGCCGUCCGGCAGCCUGUGGAGGUCAAAUGGUUGGUGCCGUUCAGUAUUCUCAAUAUGACGGGGCCAGUGGCUGGGAACGUCUUGUUGUUCGGUGGCGGCCUCGUGCUGAAAUACACGAUUGGUGGCCAAAUUUAG